AUGGAGCUUUAUAUACUUCCAAAGGAACUUACUUUCAGACUUCAAAAUUAUCAAACUAACUGGAUCAUGUAUUCUAGAUUUUCUCCAGAAUCUCAAUUAUAUCAUCACUCAGAUAAUGCAGAAUAUGAGGAUCAAUAUUGGACAUUGGUUCCAGAAACAGAAAAAAAACAUUUAGAAUAUUUUAGAAUUGAGAAUUAUUAUUUCAAAUUGUCUAUCUUUUCUAGCUUCACUGCUGAACCAAAAUUCUUUCAUUAUACAAGCGAUAAUAAAUUUGAUGAUCAAUUUUCUGAAAAUCCACAAUUUUAUCAUAAACCAAGCGAUGAUAAAGAUGAUGAAUAA